GGGACGGGCGGGGGCUUCCUGCGGCCGCCUCGGCAGCGCCAUGGAGCGGCUCCGGCUCCCGCGGCUCUUGGCCGCCGCAGUGGUCGUGGGAUGCUGUGCGCGGCUCUGCCCCGGACUGAGCACCGAGAUGGGCCCCACACCAGCCACUGCUGUCCCCUGCGCCCACCCGGACACCGCGACGGGGGCGCGCUGCCCCACAGAUCCAGAGCGAGGAGCUGACAUGGGGCAGGCACCGACACUGGAGGCCGUGGGGCAGCUGCGGGCGGCGGCUGAGCUGCUGCCGUUCCCUGGGACCCCCACUGCGGCUGCCGGGACCCCCACCGGGGCUGCUGAGACCCCUGGCCCCCAGCAGAGCCCCGGAGGUUCCUGGUCAGGCAGGGACGGAGCAGCCACCGAGCAGCCGGGCCCCCGGCUCCCUGUGGGCAGUGAGAGCCUGGGGGGGACACUCAGUGCGGGGGCCCCGGCCCCUGAGGAGCCAGACACGGCUCCUGCUACCGGUCACUCCCCCUGGACUGGCCCUGCAGGAAAUGUGGUGUCUGAAGGUGCCACGACCUCACUGGGGACCCCCUCAUAUUCACCAUCCACAGCAGUGCCCGGGGGGCAGGGGGGGUCCCCCAGCACCUUGCUGGGAUGGAGCCCCAUGGGCACAGCACUCGUGCAGAGCAGGGGGGGGUCACAUGGCCCCUCAUCCCCGGAGCCGGGGGCUGGGGAGGAUGCGGGUGCCACCGUCCCGCUGGGUGACCGUGGCCCAGGGCCCCGGCCAAGCACCGCACUGGCCACUGACAGCCCAGCGCCAGGGACAUCUGGGACAUCACCCUUUGCAGGGGGGCUGCAGAGCCUGCUGACCCCUACCGGGACACCGAGGGGGACACUGGGGGGGACACUGGGGCUGGCCGGAGGACGGGGCUCAUCGCAUGGGAUGGAUAUCUCAUGGCAGGGUCCUGGUGCUGCCCCUCACUCCUCUGCACCAUUCCUGGGGGCUGGUGACCCCGCGUCCAGCACAGCUGUGGGGCCGGGCCCGGCCUCGCUGCCCGCUGCAGGCACAGGGCCGGGCCUGCCUGUCCCCACCAGCACAGCCAGCACCCCAGGGGUGACACCCUCUGGCCCCGGGGGACCCCUGGACCCAACCCCAGGGCUCUCAGGGGCGCCCGACAUAGAGGGUCCCCCUGGGCACAGCCACGUCCCCCUGCACCAGACCUGGCCCCCGGGGCAGCUCCUCACAUCCAUGGCCCCGGGCAGCGCAGUGCAGAGCCAGGGGCUGGUCACCAGCCCGGGGACACCCCCAGCCCCAUCGGCUGCCCCAGCCAGCGGCUCCGUCGUGCCCACGACCCCACUGCCCUCCCCAGGGACCCGCUGGGGUGUUUGGGGGCUCAGCCCCACUGCGGGCACCCCGUCACCCCCAGUGCACCACAGCGGCUCUGGGGGGGAUCCUGCUGAGACACCCCAGAUCCCAGGGGGCGACUCGGUGGGGGUGGGAGAUGCUGGGUCCUGGGCAGUGACUGACCCACCGAGCUGGGAGCCGGGCAGCCUGGACACCCCCUCAGCCCCUGGGACCCCCCGGCCACCGGCUCCAUCCCAGCCUGAGACUUUCCUGAGACCAACCACUGCUAUUGGCACCACCACCACUGCUGUCACCACCACCACCACCACGGCCAGCCCAGCACUGCUCGGGGACGUGGGGACCAUCACGCCCAAGCCCAGUGCUGCUGUGCUGCAGAGGGAUGUGGUGGGGCUGACAUGGGGGCCCCCAAUUCAUCUGCCCACCAAGAUGCCAGGCCCCCCCCAGCAGCCCACCGAUCCCCCAGGGACCCUGGGCCAUGGCGGGGGCCCCGGGUCCCCCCCAGGUGCUGGGGACACAGACCUCGUCCAGCCAUCGAGUGACCCCAGAGCGCAGCCGGAUGCUGACACCCCCCGAGCUCCACCGGCUGCGACAGGCAGAGCCCCCCGAGUGUUCAUCGUGGAGGAUCAGCCGCCGCUGCUGAGAGCGUCCAUCCUGCGCGUCCCCUGUGAGCUGGUGCUGGACAUGGGGUUCAGCCCCGCGCUGCAGGACCCUGCGUCCCGCGAGCACCGGGCGCUGCUGCACAGCUUCAACCGGACGGUGAGUGCAGGACGGGGCCGUGGGGCUGCGCCGGGGCCGCCCCGCACCGCGCUCAAUGCUCCCGCACAGGUCACGCCACUCUUUGCGCCCCUGCCCGGCUUCCUGCGGCUGGAGGUGACACGGAUCAGGGAGGGCAGCGUGGUGCUGGAGUACGACGCGCUGUUCACAGCGGAGCACGUGCAGGCACCGGGGCUGGGCGCGAUGCUUAACGCCACGCUGGGCUCCGGCAGCGCCCGCCCAGGGCUGGCGAUGGGCACCGCGUCCAUCCUGCGCCACGCGGCUCUGGAGCUGGAGCCCUGCGCCGCGCUGUUCACGUGCCGAGCCGGCUUCGCCUGCGUGGCGGGUGCAGACGGGAACACCACGUGCACGUCCCUUUGCCACCGCGGCUACUGCAAGAACCACGGCAUCUGCACCCACCCGCGGGACCGCGGCCCCCUCUGCCAGUGCCCCGUUGGCAGUGAUUUCUGGUUCAUGGGGCUGCGCUGCGACUACCGGGUGACGCAGCAGAGCCUGCUGGGCAUGGCCGCGGGGGUGCUGCUCAGCAUCCUCCUCCUGGGCGCCGUCAUCGCCGCUGUCGCCGUGCGCAGGUUCAAGGUGCUGCUGAUGGAGGCCAGGGCUGACCAGACCCGCAGCAGCUACCGGCGGUUCUGCCGGCUGGAUGACGUCUCGGCGCAGUACUGGUCGCGGUCGUGGCUGCCCUCAGCCAGCUCGCUCGACAACCCGGCCUUCAGCAACUCGGAGGAGCUGCUCCACCUCCAGGCCCUGGACAACGGCUGCUGCGGCUGCCGGGAGGACUCAGGCAUCGCCGCCGGUGCCAAGCAGCGCCCUGCGCCGGGCCGGGCCAGUUUCCAUUACGAGUGGGACACGAGCUCCGGCAGCAUGAACGACCCCAUGGUGGACUCGGGCAAAGCCAGCGACAUCUCCGUGUCGAGCUGGCCCAUGGAGCCCAUCCAGUGGACGCCCUUUCCCCUCCUCCAUCAGCUUUCCAGGCAGCGGCCGCACAAAGCGCGACGGCCCCAUUCCUACUGCGAGGGGAUGGAGCUGGUCAACCUGGAGCGGAGCUGGACAGCCUGACGCCCACAGCCCAAAAGAGAGGCCACAAAGUUCAGCUUUUAAAACCAACCACAUUUUAUUUCCACGUAACGAGCUCAGUGAAGGGAUUUCAAACACUUUGACAAUACAAUCAACGCGGGGCGAUGUCAGUUCCACUCGAGGCAGAGGCCCCCAAGCUGCUCUGCCAACGUUUUCACCGCUGCCUGGGACCAGACUUCAGCAGCCAGCUUUGGCUUGGGACAGCGCAUUGCAGCGUAAGUAGUUACAGAGAAGUGUCUGGUACCACACAAUGCUGGCAUCCAACAGAGUUAAUGACUUACAUCCGGCAAAGUGGAAAGGAAAGUCUAACAGAUUCUGAAGUCACAUCACUAUGUACAUACAGGGUCUGCCCUACAGCCGCUCCAGAACAAGCUAAGCCACUGUGAAGAGUGAAAGACAAAUUAAGCGCUGCUGCAUUGUUCGUCAUGAUUCAUGUAAAUGAGGUAUAAACACCAGGACGUUUUAAGCAUUAAAGUUUAUUUUCCAAAAUGCUCUCCUUUAUUUGCAAGUGUCCUCUUGAGCAUCUAGCUGGGCACAAAUGGUGGGGCCGGUUGGAGUAGGCGGAGGAUGAGGGCAACAGGAUCCCAAAGGUGCUCGAAUAGAAAAGGAAAAGCAAGCUGCGGGUUUCUACACUUAUAUUCUCAGCCCAUAGCGGGCACGUUGAGGGAGACUUUUGCUAGAAUAAAAUGCAGAUCUCCUCAUAAAAAAAUCAGUUUGCUAAAAGAAAAAAAACCAAACUCAACCUAUGGGAAUACAGAGCUAUCACCGUAUCGUUCCCUAUUUUCAUUGUAUAGAAAACAGCCUACAAAUAAAGUCACAAAAAAUAGACAGUUAUAUGCUGAGCAGCCAAAAACAUCAUGAUUUAUUAAUAUCUGGAGAAACUUCAUAAUUCAAACACAACCAAACUGUACAUUUUACAAUCACAUUCUAUUUGUAAACAGUUAAAAGCCACUGACUUCUUUUGCAUCUUCGGACACAAACAGUUAGAAUCAAGGCAAUGAAAUGAUGGCGAUUUCUGCACUGUUAAAAGUUUUACCCUUGCCUAGUCUGGAAUUCAUGGACUAAACAAGCAUCUUAGAACACCUUUUGUGGCAGAGAGAGAUGGAACUCGUCGCUUUUGCAAGGAAGUAUUUGCGAGAACUUCUUUUUAAACAUUUAAAACUUUUAUACAACAAACAAUUCUGUAAGCCCAAGAACUUGGUUACAGUAUAUGCAUAGUUACUCAGUUCGGCUUUAAGGUACGACAGUUAAACGUUAACACAGUCACAAGAGCAGGAACAGCCACUCGAUGGGAUUACAAAAACUGUUUAACUACAGAGUAUUAGCAAACCACCACCACUCACUAAGAAAAGGACAGCGUCGGAAAGCAGUUAUGUCAAACUCCAGCUCGAAGCAAGUUUUUUUUUGGCAGAGAAAAGUCUUACAGAGCAAUAAGUAUCAUCAGUGCUAAAAGUUGAGUUUUUAUUUUUAUUUUUUUUUUUCCUAUAAGAAACUACAAGGAGUUUUUACUGGGGAACUUGGUUUUCCUGAGAGCCAUGCUCUUUGAUUUAGGAUACAGGAAUAGAAAACAAAAGGACAUGGCCAAACACUGUUCAUUAUUCCCAGAGAUAGAAAGCAUCUUUUUUCAUUCUCAAUUUUUAUUUCUUUUUUUUUUUUUUUUUUUUUGUGUUUUU